AUGCAGAAUGUCCUCAAAGACUCUGUGGAGAGCUCUGAUGAUGAAUUCUUCGAUGCGCGAGAAGAGAUGGUGGAAGGAAAAAGUGCCAUCCUCAUAGGCAUGAGCCAGUGGAACUCAAACGACCUUGUUGAGCAGAUAGAAACAAUUGGGAAGCUGGAAGAAAAUCAAGGUAAUUCUGCAUUUAGCUCAUCUGACUUUCUGCAGGAAAAACAACGUGAAUUAUAUAGAGGCUCUUUGAGAAAGCAAAGGUUUCCGGCACAAGGCAGUAUUGAAAUACAUGAGGACAAUGAGGAAGGAGUUCAACAUCAGAACUGCAAAACUCAUGUGCUAAUUUUGAUCCUGCAUGGGGGGAACAUCUUAGACACUGGAGGUGGGGACCACAGCAGCAAGCUGGCAGACAUCAGCACCUUCAGUUCUGUGUUUGAGAAAGUGACCCAAGCCCAUUUUCCUGCUGCUUUGGGCCACAUCUUAAUCAGACUUGUUCCCUGCCCAGCAAUCUGUUCAGCAGCUUUCUCUCUUGUUUCCAACCUAAACCCCUACAGCUAUGAUGAGAGCUGUCUCAGCAGCAGUGAAGACCACAUCCCACUGGCUGCCUUGCCCUUGCUGGCUGUUUCAUCCCCUCAAUACCAGGAUGCAGUUGCCAUGGUGAUCAGUAGAGCAAAUCAAGUCUACAAUGAAUUUCUGAAAUCUACAGAUGGGGCUGGUUUUAAUGGACAGGUGUGUCUCAUUGGUGACUGCAUUGGAGGAAUUUUGGGCUUUGAUGCCAUCUGCUAUAAUUCUAACACAGCUGACGAGAGUCGGAACAGUAGCAGGAGAGGAAGCAUCAGCAGCAUCCAGGAUAAUCCCCUCUUAGCAGAGGACUCAAGUCUGGGUGGCAGCAAACGCCUGAGCAAAAGCAAUAUUGACAUCUCGGGAAUCAUGGAGGAUGAGAAGCCAGGGCAGCCGUUGCCUAGGAAACAGAGUGACUCAUCCACCUAUGACUGUGAUACUAUAACCCAGCAUCAUGCUUUCCUGUCUAGCAUCCACUCAAGUGUGUUGAAAGAUGGUGCAGACUUUCCUCCUGUGAAUUCCAGUCUCUCAGAAGUAAACCUGGGCCGAUUUGAAUUCGAGGUGUCUGAUUUCUUCCUAUUUGGAUCGCCGCUUGGUUUGGUGCUGGCCAUGAGGAGUACUGUUCUGCCUGGCCUGGAUGUAUGCCAGAUUCACCCAGCCUGCAGCCAAGUGUACAGUUUCUUUCAUUCUGCUGACCCCUCGGCCUGCAGACUUGAACCACUGCUGGAGAAAAGAUUCCAUCUCCUGCCUCCAUUCAGUGUCCCACGGUACCAGAGAUACCCACUAGGGGAUGGAAGAUCUCACCAGUUAGGUGAUGCUAUCCACAACCACAGUGCUCUGUUCCUUGAGGAUUGCUCUUUAAACGUACCUUUCUCUCAGGAGAGUCCUGGAUCUCCAAACGCAUUUGAUCAACCACAAGGAAAAACAAGAAAGUUAAGCUUGGCCAGCACAAACAGUGAAAACUCAGGGUCAACAGAAAGUUUGCCAUCUGCAUACUUCACCAACAUUACGGCAAAGUGGUGGGGAACAAAACGAAUAGAUUAUGCCUUGUAUUGUCCAGAUGUGCUGACAGCUUUUCCAACUGUGGCCCUGCCACAUCUCUUCCAUGCCAGCUACUGGGAAUCAACAGAUGUUGUGGCCUUCAUUUUAAGACAGGUGAUGAGGUAUGAAAAUGUAGAUUUCAAGGAAAGGGACAACCUGGAUCCAGGAACAUUAAGUCCAUCCAAUCCACGAGAAAAAUGGCUACGCAAAAGGACACAUGUCAAAUUGAGAAAUGUCACUGCUAAUCACCGAGCUAAUGACGUCAUUGCAGCAGAAGAUGGUCCUCAGGUACUGGUUGGGCGCUUUAUGUAUGGACCUCUGGACAUGGUAGCUUUAACAGGUGAAAAGGUUGAUAUCUUCAUAAUGACUGAGCCAUCUUCGGGUAGGUGGGUGUACUUUGACACAGAGAUAUCCAACAGUAGUGGCCGGAUAUCCUACAGCAUACCCAAACAGAAGAGACUGAGAGUUGGUGUGUAUCCGAUCAAAAUGGUGGUCAGAGGAGAUCAGAGCAGUGCCACCAGUUACCUGACUGUUCUUCCCCGAGGAAUGGAAUGUGUUGUGUUCAGCAUUGACGGUUCAUUUGCAGCAAGUGUUUCAAUUAUGGGAAGUGACCCCAAAGUCCGAGCUGGGGCCGUUGAUGUUGUCAGGCAUUGGCAGGACCUGGGCUAUCUGAUUAUCUAUAUUACUGGUCGUCCAGAUAUGCAAAAACAGCGUGUAGUUUCAUGGUUGUCUCAACAUAACUUUCCACAAGGGAUGAUCUUUUUCUCAGAUGGACUUGUUCAUGACCCACUGCGACAAAAGACCAUUUUUCUCCGGAAUCUUAUGCAAGAGUGCCACAUCAAAAUCUGUGCUGCAUACGGUUCAAUGAAGGAUAUUUCUGUGUACAAUGUCUUGGCUCUGUCACCAUCCCAGAUCUACAUAGUUGGGAGAUCAACAAAGAAAUACCAGGCACAGUGUCAAUUCCUCAGUGAAGGUUAUGCAGCUCACUUGGCCUCGCUGGAGUUCAGUCUCCAUUCACGACCCAAGAAGAACAACUCUCGGAUGAUCUUGAGAAAAGGCAGCUUUGGCCUCCACUCCCAACCUGAGUUUUUGCGCAAAAGAAAUCAUCUCCGCAGGACUAUGUCUGUGCAGCAGCCUGACCCACCUUCUUCUAACCCCAAGCCAGAGCGUGCCCAGAGCCAACCUGAAUCAGACAAAGACCAUGACAGGCAUUUGCCCUCCGUUGCUUGGGUUCGAGGUGGAGUUCACAAAUUUGAAUCUGUCCCCUAGGGAAGCUUGGGAAUGUAGAUCUUGGGUGCACCCCAUAAAAAUUGUAGGCAUGCCUCAAAGACAAUACUUAGGCAGCUUCAAACUAAAGAGAUACAGAGGGGAACCUGUACCUUGAAGUCUUCCCUGCUCUGGAAUCUGCCUUCUUAAACCAACUGGGGAACUAUAUGUCUUUUCCUCUUGACACGUUUAUUGGGAAAUUUUAAAACAAUCUAAAACUAUUGCAAGUGCUUAUAACAUCAAAGCAACAGGAAA